AGGAGAACAUUCUGAGGAGGACAACCAGGAUGGUUGUGGAAUGAUGGACUUAAAACGGGAAGGAAUUUAAGGAUCCUGCUGUCAUAGAUUAAGAGCUGGGAUGAACAUUAGAAGCCAUCUGCUCCAAACCCUUCUUUUUACAAAUGAGAAAAUAGAGACAGAGAGAUUUUCAGCUGAUGGAAGACUAAUAGUAUCAUGUAGUGAGGAUAAGACCGUUAAAAUCUGGGAUACAACAAAUAAACUGUGCAUUAAUAGCUUUACAGACUCUGAAGGGUUUGCGAACUUUGUGUCUUUUAACCCCAGUGGUACGUGCAUAGCUUCAGCAGGUUCUGAUCAUACAGUGAAACUCUGGGAUAUAAGAGUAAACAAGUUACUUCAGAAUUACCAAGUUCACAGUAGUGGAGUCAACUGUUUGUCAUUCCAUCCUUCGGGUAACUAUCUCAUCACUGCCUCAUCUGAUGGCACACUUAAAAUCUUGGAUCUCAUAGAAGGAAGACUCAUCUAUACGCUUCAAGGACACACGGGACCCGUCUUUGCCGUUUCCUUUUCAAAAGAUGGCCAGCAGUUCACAUCUGGAGGUGCUGAUGCCCAGAUUUUAUUGUGGAAGACAAAUUUCGAUGAGAUGAAUUAUAAAGAUCUUCUGAAAAAAAACAUCAAAAGGUUACAUUUUGAUGCCCCACCUCAUCUUCUUGAUAUCUACCCAAGAACCUCUCAUCACCAUGGUAGAAAACCUGAAUCAAUUGAGAUUAAUCCCAAGCUCGAAGUGGUAAAUUUACAGUCUUCUGACCCUCUUGUUGUGGAUAUUCUUUCUUCCGAAUCUUCGAAUACAAUGGGAAUCCCAACUGCUAACGAAACGCCGCCAGACUACAGCAGUCCCCACUUCUUGAACCCUGCGUUAGCCCCUUCUUUCUCAAUGAGCUCCACCGUACCCAUGGAGAAGAAACUGGAAGACAAGGGUGUCAGCUCUUUCACCUCUACCAAUGGCCAGAAGAGCAUCCCGUUGGCCGUAACCUAUGCCUUGGAACACAUCAUGGAACAGCUGAACGUCUUAACCCAGACCGUAUCUAUUCUGGAGCAGCGACUGACGUUGACUGAGGAUAAAUUGAAAGACUGCCUAGAAAAUCAACAGAAGGUUUUUAACAGAGAACAGAGAAGUUGAACAGAAAGUUUGAGUAGACAUGCCAACAAACACCUGUUUUUAUAGGAUCUUAAAAAGGUAAUAGGCAAUACUUCCUGCACUUCAACAGCAAGCAAGCAAACCAUCACAGCAUUUCUUAAGUCUGAGCACCAGAGCACAACCAAACCAACAGAAAAACAAAAACCACAUACAAGAACUAAUGGAAACAUCGACAGGGAUGGCAGUCCAGGCUCAUUGAAAAUACUGACAUUUGGAAUUUUUUGUUUCUGCUUACAGUUACCUAGUGUGUAAGUGAAUAUGACUUUCCCCCGUGUUAAUCAAAAUGAUCGUUCUCAUUUAGAGCUAGAUCCUGCCAGGUUAGGAGCCCACUCUCUGGAUGGAAAUUAGCCACGCCACAUCAGAUGUAACUCCUUUAAGCAUCGAAUGGGGUUCUUUAGAGAGCAGAGCCGAAAGACUCGUUGGCCUUCAGAAAGACGUAAGAAAGCCAGGGAGCAGGUUAUUUAUACCUGGCUCAGUAUGCCACUCUCCAUUCCAUUGAGGCUUUUAUCAAAAAUAAAGCUUUCUUUCUUAAUAAUGCCUUGAAAACACAAUCUCAAAGGAUGAGCCUCUGAGAAUUUCCCCAACAAGCUGACAUCUAAGAGUAUACAUGACUUCUGAGUAACAAAGUUAUGCACAACGGGUUUUUGCUUUCAUCUGUUUUCCACUGUUUUGCUGGUGGUCAGCCCCCUCCCUCCAAGGGGGAAUAGCUGUCAUUAAGGACAGUCAAUAGGUAUGGAAAUGUGGAGACCCGGACUUCUUUCCUUUGAAAGAUGAGCACCCUGCCCCAAUGGCCAGAAGCAACGGUUCCUAAAGAUUAUGUUAAUGUGAUUUGAGGAUGCUCGAGAGACAAACUACCUUGCAAUAUUACUGGUUAAGAAGGGUGACUUCUGGCUGCUGAACAGCAAAGCCCUUUUAAAAAAAAAAUUACCCUGCAGCAUCAUCAGCAUCAUCUAACGAUUUUCUCACAAAUGGUGGUUGAAAAACACAAUAAAAAUGAGCCGAGCCUUUCUAAAGAA